UCGACUAGCGAGUGUACGGAGUGAACGAAACAAUCGCUAAACGACUUGACAGAUGGUAGUUGGCGAUAGAAGUGAUAGAAGUGAUAGGCCGUGAUAGACACAAGAUAUGUGCACACACGCGAAAGUGCAAUGCAAGCCGCGCCGACCGCGGGAAUGAUGAGUGCAUACAAAUAACGGCCGUGCUGCUGCUGCCCCCCGUUUUUUUAUACCCCGACGCGCGCCCGGUGGUCGGCGGCCCUCGCACGAUAAUGUCCACGGAGAGCGACGAGAUGGACAUCCACCAGGAGCUGCGCAACAUCGAGAGCGUCAUCAAUCUGACGCGGCGCAACGUCGACGACCUGAACGCGCGCUUCGUCGACUUCCAGCAGCCGCCGGCGAUGUACCUCAAAGAGUACGACGACCUCACCAUGAAGCUGCACGAGCUGGAGGCGCAGAAACAGACACUGCUGGAGCGCGUCAACGGCGCCGACGAGGAGCAGCAGCCGGCGGCACCGCAACGGCGCGGAGGACACACCGACACGCUCACCAGGCCUAAGUUCCUGCGAGCGCACCUGCCCAAUCAACAGCGCAGCAGCGUGCCGGUGCGCGAGGGCCAGACGCUCCGGGAGGCGCUCGCCAAAGCCAUGAAACUACGCAAUCUCUACUACGAGAUGUGCGUAUGCGUGUAUGCGGGCGACACCGAGGAGAUCAUCAACUGGGAUGUAGACAUCAGCACGAUCGAGUGUGAUGAAAUCACGGUGAAAAUAUUGGACAAGUUUCCGAUACCGAUUAGUAUUUCGCAUAAUUUCGUGCGGAAAACGUUUUUCUCGCUGGUAUUCUGCGAGUCCUGCAAGCGGCUGUUGUUUCAAGGGUUCCAAUGUCGUACGUGUGGCUACAAAUUUCAUCAGAGAUGUGCCAAUGGUGUUCCUUCAUUGUGCCAUCAUGUGAGGCGAGCUGAUGACUACUACAGAGCACUACUAGCGCGCCCUGCUGAAACAUCAGCGGGAAUCUUACAUCCGGGCCAAGCAGGCCUCGAGUUAGGCGGACAUCCAACCGCGUGUAGAACAGGAACACUAGGACAUCAAGAUCGUUCGAAUUCGGCGCCCAAUGUGUGUAUAAAUAGCGUAAAAACCUCCGGAGAUGAUUGUCCACGUUCACUAUCACUGAAUCGCGGUGGUUUGCCCGACGAUGAGCAUGCACAGUUAUUUAUAAGCACACAACCAUCGCCAACGAGCUCGGUGCUGCCGCGUAGGCCACGUGCGCGUUCAGCGGACGAGAGCAAACCUCUACUUGCGCCACGUGAGAGCAUCGAAGACUGGGAGAUACCCGCCGAUGAGAUAAUCGUCGGCGGACGUGUGGGUUCUGGUAGUUUUGGUACUGUCUACAAAGCGCGCUGGCAUGGCCCGGUGGCUGUAAAAACUCUCCGCGUGAAAAUCCCGACGAUUGCGCAGCUACAAGCGUUCAAAAACGAGGUGGCUGUGCUGCGGAAGACGCGGCACGUCAAUAUCCUACUCUUUAUGGGCUGUGUUUCCAAGCCGACCUUAGCGAUUGUUACACAAUGGUGCGACAGCUCCAGUCUGUACAAGCAUCUGCAUAUUUUCGAGUCCAAGUUUGAACUGUUGACGCUCAUUGAGAUCAGCCGGCAGACAGCGCAGGGUAUGGAUUACCUGCAUGCGAAAAACAUCAUUCACCGCGAUUUGAAAUCGAAUAAUAUCUUUCUGCACGAUGAUCUGACGGUGAAAAUCGGUGAUUUUGGACUGGCGACGGCGAAGACGCGUUGGUCGGGUAGUCAACAGUUUCAUCAACCCACAGGUUCGAUUCUUUGGAUGGCGCCUGAAGUAAUUCGGAUGCAGGAAGACAAUCCGUAUAGUUUUCAGUCGGACGUUUACGCUUUCGGCAUUGUGCUGUUCGAAAUGCUCGCUAUGCAACUGCCCUAUGGACACAUCAACAACAAGGAUCAGAUUCUGUACAUGGUUGGUCGCGGUUAUGUCUCGCCGGAUUUGAAAAAGUUGCGUAAGGAUGCGACGAAAGGACUGCGCUUACUGUUAGAGAGAUGUAUUCGGUUUGUGCGCGACGAACGGCCGCAAUUCAGUGAGAUACGCGCCUCGCUGGAGGAGCAGCUGCGCUGCCUGCCGAAGAUCCAUCGGUCCACGUCCGAGCCGAAUCUCAAUCGCACGCAGCUGCAGUCGGACGAGUUCUACUAUGCGUGCGCCAGCCCCAAAACCCCAGUCAAUUUCGGGCCGGCCAACAAUUUCCUCUUUUAUUCGCCCGGCACGACCAUUUAAGCAGGCAAACGAACGUUCUCGUCGUUGAAACGAAUCGAAACAAACAAAUAAAGUGCGAUUCCGUACGGUCUAUGCCGAUAUUCGUCGAGUAUCGGAUAUUAUUUUAACGAUUGCCACACUCCAAGCAGGAUUUCGAACGUUAUUUAUUUUAAUUUAUGAUUACAUUCGAACGGAAACGAAAGUCAAACGAAACGAUACACUUGCUUUCGAUGAUGAUGAUGAUAAUUCUACGCUACAUUUUUGUAUUAAGCACGUUAUUAUCGGUUUUGUUUGGUCAUAAUUGUGAUUGAGUGUGAAUAUUUAUGCCUUGGAAGAGAUGAUCAAGCUUGAUGAUUUUCUGGCGCGUAAAUGAUUGUCAUGUAAAGUAAUAUACAUAUACUGGAAGA